GGGACAGCAAGAGUGGAGGAUGAUGAUCUACUCUUAUGAUGAGAUCCUAGCACUAGUAGUAGUUCUACUAGGAGCCUAAGAAGUACUUUCCUUUUUAACGAAUAUUGAUGAGCACUAGUAGUAGUUCUAGGAGCCUAAGAAGUACUUUCCUUUUUAUCGAAUAUAAUCCAUGAGUGGUCUUUCUUGCGUAUCAUCUCUCCGUUAGCGGGGGUACUAGUACUAGUAUCUUCCCUGUUUUUAUUAAGAUCUCAACGCAGCCAGGGGCAUCUCUAGUUUUUAACUAAACGCCGUAUAAUAUUUCCUUCAAAAACGCCGUAUAUUUCCUUCAACAUUAUUAAGAUCUCAAUCUGUGCCGCACUGUGACUCUAAUACAGCUCGAAGAGGCCGAAGAUGCCACUGCAGCCACAGGCUCCAAAGAGCACGACGAUGAGAGUUCUGAUGCGGAAGACUCCUCCUCCACAUCGGAGGCUUUGCUUACAUGUAGAGGUCCAGGCAGCGCUAUGCUAAAACCGACUCACAGCGUGUCUAGUGCCUUAAGAUUUCAAAGAGUAACCACGUACCUCUGUACUGAGGUUGUUUACUAUGCUCUCUUCAUGCAUUUUUCCAUCUUUUGCAUCUCUUGAAGAAGAUCAUGAGUCGUGAUGAACAACAGAAGAUGCAGUAGAUGUCCUCGCCAGAAAAAAAUCAAUAAUUUCAAUUCCUCUGCUCUUUUCAUACAUUGCGCCAUCACAAUACCAAUCGGAGGAAGCUUACCCGCUUUACCCAACACCAUCGCAUAUCGAUCUGCUGCAGCAAACUCCUCCCGG